AAAACUAAACAUUUAAAUUAAAAGCGGAAAGCCAUGAAAACGCCAAAAUGCGGAGGGCGAGAGCGGGACAGACGAAGGAGCAAAGGUUCGUGUCCGUUCUGUUUCGUGGUCCGUGGAGGAUCGACAGACGGACGUCCAUCCGUCGUCGUCGUGGUCGUCGUCGAAACGCGGAUGGGAGCGGACUGGCAGCGCGGGCCUCAUUCGACAACAUCGCGUCGGCGUGCUCGAGCUCUCGAGCGCUUGUCGAGAUAGCGAGAGAGAGAGGCCCCGAGAAAUUGGGUUUCAGUCGUCGAGCUGCAGCGUCGGAUUCGGAGGUCGGGGCAAUUGCGCUGCGCUUUUCGGAGCAUUUCUUGGUUUUGGAGGUGAUUCGAUCAUUCUCGGUUUCGUUGUUGCGCUCGUUGCGCUCGUUGCGCUCGUCGUUAUCGUCGUCGUCGUCGUCGUCGAUCGUCAUGACAGGGGACGAAAUUCCGCUCGCACCUCCUUCUCCUCCUCUUGCUGGGCAGCAACCGGCGACGAUAGCUCCGGCAACUGCUCAGACCCCUCCUCCUCCUCCUCCUCUUCCUCCUGACGACGACACGCCGUGGGAUUUAUCCCACACCACUCCUGCCGCUUUCACACACAUUCUGAAAGCGGCGUUUACCGAUGGAAAGGAACGAGCAGCGAAAAAGUUCCAGGCUUUACGAAUGCUUGUAACAUCGUCUCUGCCCUCCGCACCACCUCCCGGUCCUGCCACGUUUACCGUGAAAUGUCUGGAGACUUUGUUGACCAUGGAGCCGCCGUUCAAUGAAGGUCUCAGCCAUCUAUUGACGUCCGCAAUUAACCAUCUGGAUGCGUGUCACAAAACGGCGGAAGAUGUGAAUUACUCUCGAAGACUGGCAGCCUUCAUGUUCAAAAAUGCCGUGACCGGCGUCAUACUUCUGGAUGCGAGAAUUCUUGUGAGGCUGGUCGUCGUAUUCGGGAUCCAGCUCAAGGAUGUGGGUGAAGUUGCCACACCCUUCGAUGCCGAUGAAGAGAAGAGAGUCCAGGAGGCGAAAGAAAUCGUAGCUCCCUUUAUCCUGAGCCUGGUAAAGGAUCGAGCUUACACGAGCGCAGUCGCGUUGCUCAAACAAUUUGAUCUUCAGGAUUGUACUCCCCGAGAUUUUUUGGCAACUAUGGUGACUGAUGGUGAACCAGACCUGGCUGGACAAUGGGCUGCCCACAUGGGCGUGGACAUGUGCUGCUAUCUGGUGCAGCAAUGCACUGAAAUGGGAAUGUAUAAGGUGGCUCACAGACUCGUUCAGCGCUAUAAGUUGGAGAAUCAAUUCCCAGAUGCUUACCUUCUAUAUAAACAGAGCUCGCUUCGGAAGCUCGCCGGUAGAGGACUUUGGGAUGUCGCAGAGUCAAUUGCACUGACAGAUCCAGUUCUUCAGGAGUACCUUGUUGCACUCGCGCUGGAAGAAGGGGACACGACGCAGGCUGCAGAAUUAUGCGAUAGGUUUCAAAUGGAGCAGAUUCCUACUUGUAACGUCAUUGCAGAUCCUGCAGUCAGCGUGCAGUAUGUUAAAUUGUCCGAUGUGAUGCCUUCGGAUAAGGUCUUCUGGGUAGACUCUGCGGAAAGUAUGGCGUUUGCCAAAGAACAUUUCCGGCACGCAACAAUUGUGGGGCUUGAUUCUGAGUGGAAAGCCAACCACGUUAAAGGCUCCCAAGAGAAUAAGGUCUCUAUCUUGCAGCUGGCAACUGCCGAGUGCGUUUUCGUAUUUGAUAUGCUCCAGCUGUCCGUUAAGGAACCUGAUGCCUUGGACGAUUGCUUGAAGAUAGUAUUUCAUGCACCGAAUGUGCUCAAGCUCGGAUAUGCUGUCAACAAUGAUCUCGAGCGUCUUGUACACUCAUACCAGGGAUUCGAGUGUUUUGCUGUAUGCGAAUCCUUGUUAGAUCUGCAGACUUUCGCUGGAAGAACCAAAGGGGGUCUCACUGGCUUGACGAAGCUCGCCGUUGGGGGCUAUCUUGACAAACGGGCACGGAUGAGCGAUUGGGAGAAGCGGCCCCUUAGUGAAAAACAGCUACAAUACGCUGCUCUAGACGCAGCUGUUCUGAUGUCCAUUUUUGAGUAUCUUCAAUCUGCCCCUGACUCAGAUGGAAAUCCAGUCACUCGCGAUUAUAAGCCGUUUUUGAAGGUCUUCCGGAUUCCUCAGAAGAAGUUAAAGAAAGCGCAUCCGUCAUCCGCGCAGUCCAUUGCUACUUCUGGUGAAAAGUCUGAAAAUGGAGAGCAGACAGGAGCGAGGACUCUCUUGAAUGAUGCAGAGGAGGUAGAUAAUGGUGUGAUGGGUUCGUCACAUGAAAAUUCAGCAGCAGUUGCGCAAAUUCCUAGCGAGCAUUCAGACUUGAUCGUGGAGCAAGAAGACACUGACAGAUGUGAAUUAGUGAAAGGAGAUUAUCUUGGCGCAAGUGCUGCAAAAGACUAUAAGUUGAUUGAACCAAGUACUGGAGUUGUAGACUUUCAGUCAGAUAUAUAUAAGCAGAAACUGGAGCGUCUUCAUACAUCAAUAUUCGAUCCCCAGCUUGGUCACAGGUCUAGUGAUACUGCUAGAAAUGACCAAGCAGAGCUCUUUUGGAAACCUUCAGCUGUCAAAAAUUGUGUGAAUGAAGGUUCUCAGCAGCAGAUGACAAGCAUCGGUGCAAUGAAUCAAGUUGUUUCAGAGGAUUGCGACGCUGUUUCUAAGAGAAUCGACUUUACUUCUGGAUGUGAACCAAAUUUUGAAAGGGCUCUUGAGAAAGAUUAUGAAGCAUCACACAACAAGAGCUACGACCUGGAAGAGACCGCUGGAUUGGUGUCUCUAUUUGAGUCCUCUGUGGACAAUGAAAUUGCCUCUGCUGUCGAUGAUCUCGUUUCUGCAACUUAUGAGUUGGUGGGCCAGCCAACACCAGGCCUAUUGAAGAGCAAGCUUCAAGAGUUUACUCAGGCAGCUGGGCUUCCUCUUCCUUUGUAUCAAGCUGAAUCGCAAGGACCAGAUCAUCUUCCCAGUUUCCGAUGUGCUGUAGAAGUGGGAGGUAUGCGAUUCUGGGGUAAUACAGCUUUUAAGAAGAGGGAUGCAGAGCUACUGGCUGCCCAAACCGCCUUAUCUUUCUUCCAAGCAGAGUCCCUCAUUCACGCAAAUCAGCAAAUCGACGACAAUGUCCCGUCUUGGAUGAGGACCUUGAAAGCCAGUGAUUGGCAUCAUCACUGGGGUCACUUGCCAUCAUCGUCGGCCACUGGGGUCAACCCGCCAUCAGAAACGCCUGCCAAAGACACGGGCACAACUUCAGCAACCUUAAGUCCAUCAGCUGGAACUGGUUAUCAUUGGAGGUACCAUACAAGGUUCCUAUCUUCGAGAUCAUUGUGGAUUGACAGACGUUCUAAUCUUGGUAGCAGCUACUCAAUUGUAAGGUCUAGCUUUCAUAGUAGACACGUGUUACUCAGAGCUAAUCAACGCAUGAGGAGUCCCUACUUCGGACCUAGUUUUGGUUGGCAAAAACUAGGUCCGAAGUUUUUGCUUUUCAUGUAAACAUACAGAAUGUAAACACAAAUGUGCUUACAAAAUAAAUGAGGCAAAGCCUCGUUGGGUACACCUAAUGUAACAGACGUGUAGCAGUACACACAUCUCCAGAUUAAUGACCACAUCCACGGUGGAGCUAAAAAUAAAUUAUUGUUAUGUGUAUUUUUAGUAUAUUACAUUUUGCAAAUGACCACAAUCAACCGGACUAUUCUCGUCAAAACCGUGUGGGAAAGCCGGCCUUGGUUAUGUUGAUCAAUGAUGGAUACUGACUGCCAUAAUCACAUUUUGAAAAUACUGUGAAAAUAUUGUGGACGAAUUUGAAGUGAAGGUUAGAGAAUUUGUUCGCUAACCUUCACUUCAGUCAUGCAGAAUGCUACUAUCAAGAGUGGAACAAUAUUUCUUUCGUGGCAAAUUUUCUUGACGCAAAUGCUUUUGACAGAUUUCAAUCUUCAGAAACUGACUGCGUUGAUCUUUCCCUUUAUCGACAGCCAAGUGUUAAUAUGGUGAAUACUGGAUUGAAACACUAGUUUUUCAAGACAGUCCACAGCAUUAAAACUAUUUUUUUAAGAAUUAUACACUAAUCUAGAAAUUAGUUGAGUAAACUCCCGUGAUCCGACUACGAAUAAUAUCUCGCUAAAUCCUGCAACCAUACCCACAUGCCUUCGUACAGCCAGCAGCCCUCAAAAGAUUUGUCUUUGUUCCAGGUUUUCUCACACGUUGUGACUUCAUGACGAGACCUUCUUCAGAACUGCCCGCAAAUGAGGUUGAAGUUCAUGUGUCUGGGUGCCCAUUUCUACUGUAUAAGCCAGCUCAUCUCCUUCAACGUGAAACAUGCGCUUGAUCUCCACUACCU